AUGGCUGUAAAAGGGGUCAAUAUGCCAAGUCAGAAGUCGGUUUUUGUCGCGUACAUAUUUUGGUUAUUUGGUGGUAUAUUCGGAGUUCAUCAUUUCUAUCUACGUAGAGAUAAACAUGCUUUUGUUUGGUGGUCCACCCUCGGGGGUUUCGGUAUCGGUUGGCUCGGUGAAAUAUUUCGAAUACCACGGUACGUCAGAGAUGCUAAUGAAGACCCUCAACAUAUUCAAGAGUUGGUGAAAAGAAUGAAACAUAACAAAAAGCCUCCAUUUUCUAUGAACCGUUUCACUGGUAUGCUAAUGGUCAGCUACUCAUGGGGCCAAAUGAUGAUGCUUGCUGUUCCACCUGAAGAGAUAUGGGGCAUCAAUUUUAGAUAUCUGAACUUUCUUGUACCAUUUGUAGUUGCUCUUGGUGUUUGGACAGUGGGAAAUAUAGGCAGGGAGUGUGGUUCAUUCUGGUGGCCUUUACUAGGCGCCUAUGUUUCGUACCCGUUGCGUUAUUACAUCUACGAUGAGAGUUUUUGGUUCACUAUCAUGGUUCUGGUAUCUGCACUGGCAUUUGAUACGUUUUCUAAGCAGUGGCGCAGGACUCCAUAUAAACGCAAUCAUUUCAUCAAACGGAUCAUAGUGUUGGGUGUUUGUGCCUCCCUUUACCUGUCUCUCUGGGUGGGUUAUCUCUAUUUCCAUGGCACCAUCACUGACAGCGAUGGAGACGAAGUUCCUGUAUAUGAAGCUCUGCAUCACUUUUUCACUAGUCCCUGGUGGCUGGAUGUAAAACAAUGUAUUGUGGAUACAUAUCAAUUUGCUCAGCAUCAUGGAUGGUAUGAAGUAUGGAAGCAGAUCAUUGAUCUUUCUGAUCCAAAAGGAGAACAGAAUGCUUACAAGGUUCUGGGUCUAGGACCAGAUGCAAGUCAGCAGGAAAUUACAACAAAGUGGAGGCAGCUAUCACGAGAAAACCAUCCUGAUAAGGCGAAGCCGGAGUUAAAGAAGGAAGCUCAAGAACGUUUCAUGGAUAUCCAGAAGGCCUACGAAUUGCUAUCUAGCCGCAAACACCGCAGACAUCGCAGGAACAAGAGGGAUAAUUCCGAUGAAUAUGGCAAUGGACCGGAUCUAUAG